AAAGCUUUGGACAUUCAAUAAAGCCACAACCAGUAUAGAGACUGUGUAGCCUGUCCUUCUAGAAUUAAGUCAUGGUUUCCAGAUACAGGGCCAUUUAGUGCCCAUGGUUGUACAGAGGAAUAGUGGUUGAAUUACUGGCUGAAGAUCUGGAAUUUUGAUCUGAAGGUGAACAAGCCAUACAUCUGGGAAAUAUAAAAUAAUUAUUCUACGAGGUGACCAUGGAACUACUGAUCUCCUUCAGGAGACCUAUCAUCCUUAUGCAGUCAGGUCUAUAUCUCACUCCAGACCUUAAGCAAUGUGGUUGACUUUUAACUGUCCUCUGAAGAAACCGAGUGAACUACUCUAUUCAGGAGCAAUCAGGAAUGAACAAUAAAUGAAGGCCCAGCUAGUGAUGAACAUAUUGCCUAAACGAGCAUAAGAAAAUAUAUGUUCUUUUACUCAAAAUUGACAACCUUUGGAAUUCUUGGAGGACAGUGGUUGCUUAAGAGUGAACUCCACAAAAAUUGUUCUACAAUCGAUGGCCAUGGUAACAAAAGUCAUCUCGACAACGAUACAUGGUGUGACUGGGCUCCAUUUGAUAAACCCAAUUACAAGAUGCUGUUUGGUGCACUGGAUAACUCCUUCCUAAUAUCUUAUGCCAUUGGAAUGUUUUUCAGUGGUAUGUUUGGGGAGCGUCUGCCUCUGCGCUAUUACCUCACCGUUGGGAUGUUGCUCAGUGGAUUGUUCACUGCUCUCUUUGGAUGUGGAUUUUACUGGCAAAUCCACAGCAUCUGGUUCUACGUGUUUAUGCAGAUUGCAAAUGGCUUGGUACAGACCACAGGGUGGCCAGCUGUUGUCGCUUGCGUGGGUAACUGGUUUGGAAAAGGGAAGAGAGGUUUCAUUAUGGGAAUCUGGAACUCUCACACAUCAGUCGGUAAUAUUCUUGGCUCUUUGAUUGCUGGAACCUUCGUGUCUUCUGCCUGGGGUUUAUCAUUCAUAGUGCCUGGUGCCAUUAUUGCAGGAAUGGGAAUAAUCUGCUUCCUCUUUCUUGUAGAGUACCCUGAAGAUGUGGGCUGCACUUCACCUCAACACCAUGAUCAGAGGGAGCAGGAGCCGUUGUUACGCCAUGAUAGCAUGGAUGAGAUUUUCGCCAAUCCCGCCAACGACGAGGGAAGUAUCAAUACCAGUGGCUCCACCACACAGCCCUCAGCAAUCAGCUUCUUGGGAGCACUCAGAAUACCUGGAGUGGUGGAGUUUUCACUUUGUUUACUCUUUGCCAAACUUGUCAGCUACACAUUCCUCUUCUGGUUGCCACUCUAUAUAUCAUCUGUGGCUCAUUUGAAUCCCAAAGCUGCUGGUGAUCUCUCGACACUCUUUGAUGUUGGUGGUAUUAUUGGUGGAAUUCUGGCUGGAAUCAGCUCCGAUUACACUGGCGGGCGGGCCACUACGUGCUGGGUGAUGUUGAUCGUGGCUGCUCCUAUGCUCUUCGUGUAUAACUACAUUGGGAAAAAUGGACUUUCAAUAAUUAUCGGAAUGCUGAUCCUGUGUGGAGCUCUAGUGAACGGACCAUACGCACUGAUCACAACUGCAGUGGCAGCCGAUCUGGGAACUCACAAAUGUCUAAAAGGGAACGCUAAAGCAUUAUCGACUGUGACUGCAAUCAUCGAUGGAACAGGCUCAAUUGGUGCUGCCUUGGGACCCCUGUUGGCAGGACUUCUCACUAACUGGAACAGUGUAUUUUAUAUGUUGAUUGCGUCUGAUAUCUUAGCCUGUCUGUUAUUGACCAGAUUAGUCUUCAAGGAGAUUCGGGGCUGGUGUGGACAUCUGCCAAGACCAAGAGGAUUGAAAGAGAUUUAACAGAGAAGAUCAUAAAAGAAACCUAGGAAAUUCAAAGUGUCAAUUAAUUCUGGUUUUGGCUUCAAAGCUCGGUACCUGCUCUGUCAGUGUGUGGGAGUAAAGUAUGAAGAAAGAGAAGAAUAAUAAGGUCUUUUUAAUGUACUGUUUCCUUCAGAAAGACUGACAAAACGGUUUAAACUCAGACCUGUCUUUUAUGAAACUGUCAGCUAAAUUUUAACCACUUACUUUGAUGAUAGCCCUACUAAUUUAUGGUAAAACAGUUUUGGUUAAGGGAAUUUUGGGAGCAGAGGUGGGUCUAAUGUACUGUCUUUUAAUAAAGUAUCUGUACACUAUUUGUAUAAUUUUG